AUGAUUUUCGACUACACGUUCACAGCUGUCCCUUGCAGCAUCAGUCAACAACACCAAAACUCAAUGAUGGAAUACGAGAUCCAAGCUCAGACAUUGUCACCAGUAGCUCGGGCCACCAACCGGUCUUCAGUCAUCAUUCAAACAAGCAACUCUCAAGAGACUCAAGAAAACAAGAGAUCUCUCGAAAAGAAAGACGCCCUUCUCUAA